AUGUCCAGCUCUUCUGCUCCCUCUCUUGCUGCUCCGUCCCUUUGCUGGGGCCCCUCGGCGUCUGCAACAUUUGAUGAAUCGAAAGUCCCGCAGCGGAUGCAGCAGCAGCAGCAGCAGCAGCAGCAGCAGCAGCAGCUGCAGCAGCAGCAGCUGCUGCAGCAGCAGCAGCUGAGGCGCAGGAGCUCGGGAGAACUGCAGAAUCGAGGAGAGUGGGUUGCGGGAGGCAGCAGCAGCAGCAGCACUUUGCCAGAGACUGCAGCAGAUGCAGCACCAGCAGCAGCAAAAGUUCCACAAAGCUCGUGGCCUCCUCCGCAGCAGCUGCAGCAGCCGGAAGAGCUACAGCAGCAGCAGCAGCAGCAGCAGCAGCAGCAGCGGGAAGCAGCAGCAGCAGCAGCAGAGCCAAUCGAAGCAAUCGCGUCUCCCUCCUCCUCCUUAGACACAAGCCGCAGUUGUUCGUCUUACGGCUCUAGCCUUUCUUCCUACCGGUCCCCCUCAGCAGCAGCAGCAGCAGCAGCAGCAGCAGCAGCAGCAGCAGGCCGCAACCGGCGGCCCUCUUUCGUGCCCUGCAUUUCAACAGCAAAGGCAGGAGCUGGCUCCUGGAUGGGCGGCCACAAAGACCCUUCAGAGUAUCCUGUGGGAAACUGA